AUGAAAAAUUCACAAAGAAUCACACCGAAAAUUCCCGAUGGGAUGGUGGAAUUAAUGAAAAACCUCGCGAAAAGUGUGUUAAAAGAGCAACCGGAGAAUAUUUAUGUGUUUGCAGCAGAGUAUUUUGAAAAUUUGGUUCGUGAACGAGAUGGAAGUUUAAAUAAAGGAUAUACAACAUUUCGUAAGUUCGAUGAUGAGAAUGCAUUGCAAAGUGGUGUUGAUGUGUGUCCCCGAUGCAAUUGCAUAUUGCAUCCCAAACGAAAGGAUGAAGAGCCCAUUGACGAUGAUUCUUCACCAAGAAUUGAUGAUGAAAACGCACUCGACAUGAGUGUCAAUGGUGUUGCAAUAAAAGCUGUUCCACGCGACGGUGUGUAUCAAUGGAUAGUGCAAUUGAAGAUGAUGGCAAAUCGAUAUCACCAAAACCAAAUGGAAAAUCACAACAACAAUCAGCCGAUUCACAGAGAUGUUUAUUCGAUAUAA